CUCCUGUUCUCUCCUCUAUUCCUUUUUUCUUUACGUUUAUUUCCCUUUUUCCCUUUCCCUGCCUUUUUAACCCUCUCCUUUUCCUUUUUCUCCCCUACUCCUUUUCUUUCCACCCUUUUUUCCUUUCCCCCACCCCCCCCCUUUUUUUUUUUCCCCUUUCUCUCCCCCUUUUCCCUUUAUUUUUUCCCCCUCCUGUUUGCUCCCCAUCCUUCCCCCGAACCACGAGCACCGCACACGACCCGUGGUACCCCGGGGGGGUGAAGAGGGCAGGUCCCGGGCGGAGCUGUUGCAACAUGCACAGGACCACCCGGAUAAAGAUCACCGAGCUGAACCCGCACCUGAUGUGCGCGCUGUGCGGGGGGUAUUUCAUCGACGCCGCCACCAUCGUGGAGUGCCUGCACUCGUUCUGUAAAACCUGCAUCGUGCGUUACCUGGAGGCCAAUAAGUACUGCCCCAUGUGCGACGCCCAGGUGCACAAAACCAGACCCCUCCUCAGCAUCAGGUCAGACAGAACGCUGCAGGACGUGGUGUACAAAUUGGUCCCGGGACUGUUCACAGAUGAGAUGAAGCGUCGCCGCGACUUCUACGCCGCGUACCCCGUGGCCGAGGUGUCCAACGGCUCCAACGAGGACCGCGGGGAGGUUCCGCAGCGCGACGGGGCGCAGCCGACGGAGGACGGCAUCGUCAGUCUGUCCAUUGAGUUCUACGAAGGAGCCAGCUUUGUCCCCUCUUUGUUUUCCUGCCCCCCCCCCAGAGAAGAGAAAAAAGGGACCAUCGAGAAUGGGGAUCUGGAGAAGGAGAAGAGGAACGCGGUGCGGUUCCUGCGCUGCCCCGCGGCCAUGACCGUGAUGCACCUGGCCAAGUUCCUGCGCAAUAAGAUGGACGUGCCCAGCAAGUACCAGGUGGAGGUCCUCUAUGGAGAUGAGCCCCUGAGGGAGUAUUACACACUGAUGGACAUCGCCUACAUCUACCCUUGGAGGAGGAACGGCCCUCUGCCUCUCAAAUACCGCGUCCAGCCGACCUGCAAGCGCCUGAAGCUGCCUCAGCCGCCCACCUCCGAGUGCACCAACACCAGCGGCGCCUCCGAAUGCGAAUCGCUCAGCGACAAAGCGCACAGCCCCGCCACGCUGCCCCGCACUCCGCCCUCCCUUCCCAGCCCCGGCACUCCGCCCCACGGCUCUCCCAGCCCCACAGCCGCCGCCGCUCCCCACGGCGCUUCGAACUGCCCCCCUUUGCCCCCCUCCCGUUGCCGCAAAGCCGCGGCUCACGGCCCCGCGGGGUCCGCGCUGACCUAACGGGGGGAGGGGGGGGGACGGCCGCGUUGGUUUUGUAUAGCUCUAUAUAUUAUAUAUAUGUGCAUCUAUAAAGAGAGACGUGUACAGAGGGAGGUGCGGAUUGUACACGCGUGUUUUACGGGUGGGUUUAGAGUGCAGGUGAGGCGCAGAGGGGAGCUUGGGUGCUUUCAAAUAGUUUCGGUUUCGUUGUUUCACGCUGCAGUUGUGCGAGCCGGGCGCUGCCCCACACAUCCUUUCCCCCCGGUUCCCCAGUAGGAUGAUUCACUUCCCAUCUCCGUGUUGGAUUGUUGGAUACAGACCAAACACAAACCGCAGUUCCUUUCAGCCCGGGCUGCCUCUCACCCCCACUCUCCGGGCUCUGGGGUGCAUCGGUGGGCUCACGGUUUGCUUUAGGAUUGCUUUCUUCAAGCGCUGCUCCUG